AUGCUGGAAUGUCGUCUUGCCAAAGCUGCGCUGCGAAUUGUUGCCACAACCAAGACUUGGGUGCCACAGGUGAAUGCCACAUACUGUACUGCAGAUGCAGGAUUGAUAGCAAUCGCAGAAGGUUUGAAGUUUAGGAUGUCCGAGGAAGACUGUGCCAAGAACGAGAGAGGCAUCCAGCAGCUCACUUGUACCUACUACCUACCCCCUGGUAUUCAGAUAGAAGAAGAGACUGUCCCUUUGCUGGCUGCCUUGCCUGUGCAGUUCAACAGGCGCAGUCCGCAGUCCGGGCUGGGCCGGGAUAUGCAUGAUGUGCAUUCCUCGGCGAAUCUGCCUUCAUCGCCUUUGGGAAGCCCCAAAGAGCCACGGAUACUCAGUACUUUGAGAGAAGGAUAUGAGGAGAAGAAAGAUGGAGAAGACGAACUGAAACAGGCAGAACUGUCCAUUUCUUCCGAUGCUUUGCUGCCCUCCCCGCGACCUGGUCGCGAGCCUGAUCCUGGCUUGACAGGACGCGGCAAGGAGCAAGCAAAGGCAGUGGCAGAGCUGCUGCAAAAAAUCAAGGAAGAUCCGAAAACCGAGUCCAGGCAGGCACUGGCCACUUUGACGCUGUCGCUUACGCGGCUCGCAGACAAAGAUGCCACUGAGCUGCGGGGCAUGGCAGAUCGCCUCACAAAGGGCCACGAGUCCCUCACUGAAGAGAUGUUGAAGGAUUUGGAGAUAGAGCGAGACUUGCUUCAGAAAGAGAAGGGACAGCUGAAUGAAACCAUCUCGCUCUUCAUGAAGGAGCUGCAGAAGCUGCAUAUUGGUUCGCAGAACACGGUGGAACCCAUGUUGGAAGAAGGCCCCCUCGAUUUCGUGGGUCGCUUCUGGGAGACCGUGAAGCCACGCGACACCGCCUACGUGGCUGGCGAGCACAUCGGAGAGAUCAGGAAGCCUGGGGAGAAACCCGAGGGGCCCAACCCCUUAGCAGCGCUCAAGCAGGCGGCUUUGGCACAUGGGGUCCCACAUGAGCUGCCCAAUGUCAACGUACAGGUGCAAGACAUGGGAAAGCAGGCCGUGAAGAAGCUGUCCACUGCCUUUGAAGAGGCACGCUCGAGCGCUUUCUGGCAAAGAGCGCAAGGCUAUUGGGAAGAGAAGCGGAGUGAGAUUGCCAAAAAGGUGGAUGAGGUCCGGGUCUCUGCUGCAGACACUUGGCAGCAUUGUUAA